GGUUUGCCCGGAAUUCCAGGAAGCCCCGGAAGCGAUGGGAAGCCUGGCCCUCCAGGUAGUCAGGGUGAAUCUGGCCGCUCGGGUCCACCUGGCCCCCCAGGCCCACGUGGUCAACCGGGUGUAAUGGGCUUCCCUGGUCCCAAGGGCAAUGAGGGUGCACCGGGUAAGAAUGGAGACAGAGGCCCUGGUGGACCACCUGGAGCACCUGGUCCUGCUGGGAAGAAUGGUGAUGUUGGCCUCCCGGGUCCUCCUGGACCUACUGGUGCUUCUGGGGAGAGAGGAGAACCAGGACCAUCUGGUCCACCUGGCCUCCAGGGAUUGCCUGGUGGGCCAGGACCAGCUGGAGAAAAUGGAAAGCCUGGAGAACCAGGGCCAAAAGGUGAUGUUGGAGGACCCGGCUUCCCAGGCCCUAAGGGUGAAAAUGGUAUCCCAGGUGAACGUGGUGCACAGGGUCCUCCAGGACCUCCUGGAACAAGAGGUGGGCCAGGUCCUGCUGGCUCUGAAGGUGCCAAGGGUCCUCCUGGGCCCCCUGGUCCCCCUGGAGGCACAGGGCUGCCUGGCUUACAGGGAAUGCCGGGAGAAAGAGGAGCUUCUGGAAGUCCUGGACCAAAAGGAGAUAAGGGAGAACCUGGUGGCAAAGGUGCUGAUUGCAUUCCUGGUGCAAGAGGAGAGAGAGGUAACGUAGGUCCCAUUGGUCCCCCUGGUCCCGCUGGCCCACCUGGAGAUAAGGGAGAGACUGGUCCAGCAGGCGCCCCAGGUCCAGUGGGUUCCCGUGGUGGUCCUGGUGAAAGAGGAGAACAAGGUCUUCCUGGACCUGCUGGCUUCCCUGGAGCUCCAGGCCAAAAUGGGGAACCUGGUGGGAAAGGAGAAAGAGGCCCACCUGGUCUAAGAGGAGAGGCUGGACCCCCUGGAGUUGCAGGUCCACAAGGUGGUCCUGGUGCACCAGGUCCACCUGGUCCCCAAGGAAUAAAAGGAGAACGUGGAUCUCCUGGAGGCCCUGGUGCUGCUGGUUUCCCUGGUGCUCGUGGUCUACCUGGUCCCCCUGGUAGCAAUGGUAGUCCAGGUCCCCCUGGUAAUGCAGGGCCUGCAGGCAAGGAUGGGCCUCCUGGACCCCCUGGUAGCACCGGUCCUGCUGGCAGUCCAGGACCUGCUGGAACAAGAGGUGAGCCCGGCACACCAGGCGAAAAAGGGCCACCAGGCGCACGAGGAGAAAGGGGGGCACCAGGAGAACCGGGUCCUCAAGGCAUCGUUGGUGGCCGGGGUAACACAGGUUUGCCAGGUCUGCGUGGCCCGAGCGGUCCACCCGGUAUGGCGGGUGCCAAGGGUGCAGAUGGUACACCAGGCACCAACGGUCUCCCAGGAGAACGCGGUGCACCUGGCCCACAAGGUCCUGUUGGACAAAGAGGCUUACCUGGAGAGCCCGGCAGAGAUGGUAAUCCUGGCUCAGAUGGCUUGCCUGGACGUGAUGGCUCCCCAGGAGGCAAAGGUGACCGUGGUGAAAGUGGCUCUCCUGGCCCUCCGGGACCUCCUGGUCAUCCUGGACCUGCAGGUACCAGCGGUGCACCCGGAAAAGCUGGUGAAAGAGGAUCUCAGGGUCCACCUGGUCCUCCUGGCUCUGCUGGUCCUGCUGGCGCUCGAGGUCCUGCUGGUCCUCAAGGUCCUCGUGGUGAUAAAGGUGAAACUGGUGAAAGAGGCAGCGCUGGCAUAAAGGGUCACAGAGGAUUUCCUGGUACCCCUGGUCUCCCUGGUCCUCCUGGUCCCCUGGGUCCACAAGGCGCAAUUGGAAGUCCAGGAGCUUCGGGUGCAAGGGGUCCCCCAGGCCCAGCUGGGCCCCCUGGAAAAGAUGGUACAAGUGGCUAUCCAGGUCCAAUUGGUCCUCCCGGCCCUCGCGGUACCAGAGGCGAAAGUGGCCCUGCGGGUCCACCAGGCCAGCCUGGUCUUCCUGGUCCUUCUGGUCCUCCUGGUCCAUGCUGUGGUGGUGCAGCUGCCCUGGGUGCUGGUGAAAAAGGUCCAGUGGGCUAUGGGUAUGAAUACCGAGAUGAGCCAAAAGAAAAUGAUAUCAAUCUGGGUGACAUCAUAUCUUCAAUGAAGUCAAUUAAUAACCAGAUUGAAAACAUCAUUAGUCCCGAUGGGUCACGGAAGAAUCCAGCCCGUAACUGCAGAGAUCUGAAAUUCUGCCAUCCUGAGCUCAAGAGUGGAGAGUACUGGAUUGAUCCUAACCAAGGCUGCAAGAUGGAUGCUAUUAAAGUAUACUGUAACAUGGAAACUGGGGAGACAUGCCUCAGUGCUAACCCCAGCACAGUGUCCAGGAAAAACUGGUGGACCAGUGAAAGCAGUGGAAAGAAACACAUUUGGUUUGGAGAAUCUAUGAACGGGGGCUUCCAGUUCAGCUACGGAGAUCCUGACCUUCCUGAGGAUGUCUCGGAAGUUCAGUUGGCCUUCCUCCGCAUCCUCUCCAGCCGCGCCUCCCAGAACAUCACCUACCACUGCAAGAACAGCAUCGCCUACAUGGAUGAAGCCAGUGGAAAUGUUAAAAAAGCUCUGAAACUGAUGAGCUCUGUGGAAAGCGAGAUCAAGGCUGAAGGAAAUAGCAAAUUCACGUACGCUGUUCUGGAAGAUGGCUGUACUAAACACACUGGUGAAUGGGGCAAAACAGUCUUUGAAUACAGAACGCGCAAGACAAUGAGGUUGCCUGUGGUUGAUAUUGCACCCAUAGAUAUUGGUGGUCCUGAUCAGGAAUUUGGCGUGGACAUUGGCCCGGUCUGCUUCUUAUAAAUCAAAGAUCCUGCUCUUUCUGAAACCCCAGCAAACAGAUUCACACUCCAACUGUGCUCCUUUGUUUUAGCCUUGUCAGCUCGUACAGGUGACCAUCUGUAUCCCAGUUAUUUAUUAACAAAAUUUCUGGGGGAAAAAUCAAUUUGAUAUCAAGGGUUAAUUUUUUCGCUAUUACACAAAGUACAAUAAAAAUGCUUUUUUUGCUCUAUUUUUUUUACCAAAUUCCAUCUUCAAAACAUGUCUCCGUGGUGCUAUAAUACAACUUCAACACUUAAUAAAACAACACUGUGUUCUAUGAGUUGAAUGUUAGCCAAUUUACAAAGCACUGAUUGAUCCCAGUACCAAAGUUUACCCUUCUUUCUAAGAUGCAGUCCAUAAAGCUAGAAUGACCUCCCUGUUUCAACUACCUCAACAUGGACAGAAACUGGGAUGUGUCUGACUAGUCAAUCCAAAAAUCAAUCAAACAAAUCAAUCAGAACACAUUGGACCCAUUGGUCAAUUCAGUGGAAUCAUUUGGUAGAAAAUUGCCUAUUUCUGUACUGAUUAGCUGUGAAAAAGUACAGUGUGUUUGAAGAGUUUAAUACCUUAAUGUCAGUAGUCACCAGAACUUUAUUGUUGGAUUGUAUUCUGUUAUCAAAGGUGCUUCUCUACUUUCCUGUCAUUGCUGGUCAAGACCACUAAAAUUAGGGAAGUGUAAAAGACUAAUAUGAUGGUGCUAAUGUAUUUUUCACUCCUAACUUUGCAAGUCAGGGUUAUUGACUUGCUUAAAAAAGAAAAAAAAAGGUAAAGGAUAUAAAGCAAUUACAAAUGUCUCCUGUCAAAGAUCAUCAUUGGCAUGUCAUAGUUGAGAACUUUCUCCCUUCACUCUGUAAAAGUCAAUAAAGAUGCAAAAUUGUGAACUAUUUCUGUCACGUUAACACAUUUAUAGUGUUGAAGGUUAACCAUCUUUGUAAGCUUUUAUAUGGUUGUUGGUCUAUUCCUUACAGAGACACAUAAUAAAAUAUCUUAAUAAAACUCCUUGUUUCAUAAAA